AUUUAAUACGAUUGAAAAAGAAAAUUGGAAAAAUAACCUGACCUCUGAGUCUCUGACCUGGUGGCACUUUGGUCCUUCUCCGCUCUCUCUCACGCGUCUUCUUUCUCUCCCCCUUCUCUCUCAAUCGAGCUCACAUGAACCAGGUAUCUAUGUAUUUAUUUACACGAUCUUUUUCUGUUACUGUUACUGAACUCUUUGCAAAGCCAACUUCAACUAUCAUUACUAUUUCAGUUUCAUUUGGGAAUCCCCUUUUUCGCCAACGAACUUGUUUGAUUCUCAAGUUCCACCCAGCUUCCUUCUAGUGCCGCCAAGCUCUGUUGCGCUCUUGGUGAAACGAUGUAAUGUGCUUGUCAGUGGAUUUAAUUGAAAUUGAUUUCUUAUAUGCAUGCAUAUUUGCUUAUUGUCAGGUAGGGACUAGGGAUGAGGGGUUUCAUUCACCAUUUUCAAUACUUAGCUGAAACUCUCUCUUUGUAUUACCCGGAGAAUUCAUUGCCCUUGCUUUUUGCUUAUUUCCUUGAGGAGUUUAUUGGCUUCCUCUUCUGCCAGAUCAUGCUUGCUUAAGCUCUUAAGUUGAGAUCAGUGUUUGACAAAGUCAACUUGACAUCCAUCACUCAGAAAGAAAGACAGAAGCAGAAAUGUAAAUUGUCUGAUUGGGCGACCUUCCAUCCAAGUCGAAUUUGCUGCGAUCUGAUCUGGGAUAUUGUUUGCAGAAUUUACAAUGGACUCUAUUCAAAAUAAAGUUCAUUACUGUUGUGUUUCUAAGGGUAAUCACAUCCUGUACGCAUAUAAUGGUGGAGACCAAGAACUUGAGAAUGUGGCAACCUUGUGCUUGGAGAUGGCUCCUCCUUUCCACAGGUGGUAUUUUGAGACCCUAGGUAGAAGGACUUACGGAUUUCUCAUGGAGGAAGGGCAUGCUUACUUUGCAAUUGUUGAUGAAGGUGUCGGUAACUCUCAAGUUCUUCGGUUUUUGGAGCAUGUCAGGGAUGAAUACCGAAAGCUAGCUAAAAAGGGUUCGAGGGGCAAAUUACAAAACACGAAUUCAACUCACAUUCAGGAAAAACUGGUUCCUGUCAUUCAGAAUCUGAUUACUUCAUUGGAGAGUGUCUCACAUGGCAGCAAUCGGAGGGAUCGAACUUGCUCAUCUUUUCAUGCCAACUUGUCUCCUUCACCAAGUAACUUGAAUAGACAAAUUGAAGGUGCUAGUUCAACAAAAGCUCCUCUAUUGGGAAAAUCUAGCAAGCCAGAGAAAAAGAAAAUAAAGGAUCAUGUGAUUGCUAUGAGAGAUCUUGAGUUAGAGGAGCAUAGAAAAUCCACAGACAGAGGACCAAAGGCUGAUUUAGGAAAUCUGGAUUGCAUUAGCCAAGGUGGUGCAGGUGCAUCGCCCUCUUUGCAAAAGGAUAUGGGUUCAAUGAGGAUGAGAUCAGGCCCUCAAAACAUUCGCAAGAAAUGGUGGCACCAAGUACGCAUUGUUCUAGCAAUUGAUGCAGCUGUAUGUAUAGUAUUAUUUAUCAUCUGGUUAUUUAUAUGCCGUGGCUUAUCCUGCAUUCGAUAGAGUUAAAUCCCUUAUGACGUAACUCUGUUUAAAUUAUUAUCACGUUGGAAUUGAGAUCUUCCAUGCAUGAUCUGAUCAACAACAGAGAUCAGUUUCUCUGUGGAGCAUGUUGGUGGAAGUUACAUAUUUGUCUUCUCACAGAGACGUUUUCUGCUUAUAAGGCAUGUGCUUCCUUCUGGUCACCCAUUUAUCGCCAUUUUAAUUCAAAUGUUCACUGUACAGCUUCACCUAUUUUUAAAGUGCAUGUAUAUGAAUUUUGGAUAUUGGGAAGAAUUUAAAGUGAUUAUUAGUCUAUUUAAAGUAUAUCUUUUUUAGGUAAUUAUUGUUUUCUAGUAUAGAGGACUACUAUUAUCAAGUACCUUUUUUGUUAAACAAUAAACUUGCUUGAGAAUUUUAUGUUUUAGCCUGAAUCAAACCUUUCUUAAGAUCAAA